AUGUCUGCGGAUCUGCCGCAGUUCACCGGACCCAAAAACAAUACGCAAGCUGCGCUGCUGGUCCCCACAACAAUUACUCUUACAUUGGGCCUCGUCCUAUAUGGUGUCCGGAUACGAGCUCGCCGUUCUUCGCCUCUUGUAUGGAUCGAUGGCAUGAUCACUGCAGCUUUGGUGCUGGCAAUGGUAGACUUCGUACUCACCGCCAUCAGCUGUCACUAUGGUCUGGGUAGACAUACGACAUUUGUAGACUCGGCCAGAUCGAUCAAGGCCCUCUAUUUCGGCUUCUUGACGCAGCCUAUCUGUGUAUGGUCGAUCUGCUUCGCAAAGUGUUCAAUCGCUUGCACUGUUCUUCGUACCAGAGAAGACCGCCCUUGGAGAUUUGUCUUUUGUUGGAUUGUCUUUGUUCAAGUCGCCUGUACAAUUGCGACCACCAUCUUUCAAUUUUUACAGUGCCAGCCGAUCUCUGCGCUGUGGGAUGGUAACGAGGCAGCACAUUGCUGGUCACCUCAGCGCAUACAACUUGUAGCCUAUGUCACACUCGGAUUCGGCGUGGUGACAAGCAUGCUUCUGUCUUUGACGCCCGUCACCUUCGUCAAGGGCGCGAACCGACCACUACACGAAUUGAUUGCCUUGGGCUUGCUGGUCGGUGUAGGUUUAUUCGUCACCAUGUCCUCAGUCGCCAACAUGGUAUACCUACAUACCUAUCGAAUCACCCAAGAUCCUCUCAGAGACAUGGUAGCGCCAUCGACCUGGUGGCAACUCGAACAAAAUCUCAGUAUCAUAGCAAGUCUAGCGAUCCGGCUCAGGACACCAUAUGAGACACUGCUGGCACGAUGCGGAGUGAUCUGUCAGAUAAGAACGAGUUCGGCAUCUUGCCAUCGGCUCAAUCAUAUCGAGGAUGGUUCACAGAUGCUCAAGAGUUUGAAGACGACAAUCCAGUGGGGAUCAGCAUAUGACUCUACAGCUCAUUUGCCGAGUAUUGUCAAGACCACUGAGGUCGUGCAUUCGACCGAGGUCAUAAGAGAUGAUGGUUUCCAUUAUGGCUCACCAGCAAGGAGACCUUCAUGGCAGUGA